AUGGUCGCAGUACCUGUCGGCACUAAACGGUCUAGGGGAACGCACAUGGGCCUUAGAGCCUUCGGUACCGCCACUGUAUUCCAGUGGCCCGGGAGAGAUAACUCGUUCAGUAAAUCGUCUAAGAUUUUAACCACGGAGGACCAGGGGAUCCUGAACAAUCUGAAAGUCGAACAUGAAAACCUAGUAGCCAAGUGGCUCCAGAACUCGUUCAAGAUCCAAGAAAACGCAGCCCUGGAUCUCCGAGCGACACCACUCUCCCUCCAAAUCCCGAUGGCCGAGGUGAAUAAUCGGCCAGUCUUCAAGAUGAACAACGACUUCUGGAACCAGGCGCGCGGACCUCCGCAGAGCAUGGCCCAGAACCUGUCGAAUUCCAACCAGAACUCUCCGGUACCGGGGUCCACAAACUCGAUACCGGCCCAUUCGCCCUCUCAGCAGAGCAACAGCAGCCAGCAGAACAACCAUGUGAUCACACAAGGAGCUCUUGCUCUGCAGCAGCAGCAGCAGCAGCAACAGCAACAACAACAGCAGCAACAGCAGCACAACCAGAGCAUACAGCAAAACCAGAGCAUACAGCAGAACCAGAGCAUACAGCAGAACAACCAGCAGGCGCACAGCCAAUCCAGCCAACCAACGACGCCAGUUAACAACCAAAUGAACCAGAACAAUGUGCAACAGCAGCAGCAGCAACAACAACAACAGCAGCAACAGAACAACCAGCAGCCGCCAAACACACCUCAACUCGGUAGUCCGAAUCCUCACAGUCAGCAAGCUCAUGCUCAUGCCGCCCUUCAAGCACAGCAGCAGCUCGCACAAAUGACCCAACAACAGCCGCAACUGUCCAGCGGACAAAAUUCCCCCGACAAGAUGACAGAGAAAUUUGUCAAUGAACUCCAAUCCCAACUAACGCUGCCGGACUUUAACCAGCUGCAACGGAACUCUUCGGCGAUAUCUGAAAGGACGCUCGAGGAAUGCUGGACGACCCUCCAACGUGUGAGUUGGCUUCUGUUCGACCGUGUAGAGUAUACUUCCAAAAAACGAACAAAAAAAAAUCGAAAAAAAAAAAACGAAAAAAAGAUGAUCAUUUUGAGAAAGAAACCCUGCACAUGCUAGAUAGAAUCAAUUCCAAUCAUGUUUGCCUGUGAAAAUAUGUUUUCUUUUGAAUGAGAUGCAUCCAAAUCAUUACUAUUUUGAUUUAUGAAUAUCAAACAA